AUCAAUAAAGUGCUACGGCAAACAGCUGAUAUGCUUCACUGAUCUGAGUAAAGGCACCGUCAGGGUCAAAAGGGAAGUUUGAUUUGAGACAAAGCACCACACCAGUUGAUCUUAUACAUCAGUUAUGUUAACUGGCUCUUCAGUUUAAUGUGUCUUUCAGUGCGAUUCGCUGCUUUAACGAAAUGUUUUGCUUGUUUGCACCAUUGAUAUCUCAAUAGUCGCUAGAGGGUGCACACUGCACAACCUGCAUUAUGAAUAGGACGCUUUAUUCUCUGGUGCUGGGCGGCAUUAGCAGUUGAAUUUGGAUGUCAGUUAACAGUUAGUUGGCAGUCGCCUGAAAGAAUCAAAGGAAAGGUUUAAUUAUAUUGUCUCUGCUGAGGAAUGGAAAACAAGAUCUAAUGGACUCCAACAGUGAAGACGGAGAGUACCCAAAUCUUGAACAUGCUGUACAACAGGAUGCAUCCCAAUACAGAGUGACCUAUCCUCAUGGGAGAAACACAACCGAUGUGGAUUACGAUAAAAAUGAAGAGUUCAACAAAAAGAGGUUUCCAGUAAGUCGCUCUGGCAACAACCCGGGCAGAGUGAAGCGGGUAGUGUCAUGUAAGAGGAAGACCCAUCAUCUGACGGUGACUCGGAGGAAGCAGCUCGGGACUGGGAAGAGUUAUGAUGCUGCAAACAAGGAGAAUGAGAUAGACUGCAUGCAGGACGAACAACAGGAGAUAUUUGACAUGGACCCUUGGGAGUUCCCACUAAAUGUCAAAAACAACCACAAGACUGGUACAACUGGGUCUGAACAAGCCGACUACAGUCCACUCACUGAGCUCACAAGGGAUCAUAGCACAAUGACUGACGUGCUCUUUGGAAGAAAUCUGAGACUGAAAGUAUCUUUAACAUUGUGGCAGAGAAAUGUUGGAGAGCUGUUGACAUAUUUCCUGAGAAUACAAGACAUUGGUGUGUUCGUUGACUUUCUUCCACUGAUAAGCAAAAGCAUUGAGGAGGAUUCCCAGAGGGUCACCAUUGGCUGUUGUGUUGACCUCUUUCCUUUGGUUAAGAAAGUCCUCAAACGUCCAUAUGAAGAGUAUCUUAUAGUUGGUUUAAAGUGGAUAAAUUCAGUUUUGAAAAACUGGUGGGAAGAGCUAAGAACAAGUGGCUAUAGUGGAUCAACAAAACUUCUGUUUGAUAAAAAUUUCCAGGCCUUUAACCAGCAGUUGUUGGAGUUAUGGUUUCAGGAACCUUUACUGAAAUCUGUUCCAGGAACAGCUGGAGACAUGGCAAAGGUCAUUGACUCCUUCCUGUCUCAACUUACCUGACGGCAACAAAGAAACAGAUAACGGAUCUUCCUCUGGUGGUAGCCUCCCAAAGAAAACAAAGAAUCCUUUGUAGAAUCAUUAGAUUGGAGCAGCUGUUGUUUCCACAGAAAAAGUACCUUCUAGCUUGUACUGUACCUGUCCUGAGGGGAUAUCUGUAGAGUUUGAUGUAUUUAUUGGCUACCAGAUGAACUUGCACACUUCAAACACUGAGACUGUGCAAUAGAAAUUGUAGCAAAUUUGACUUGAUUGUCUUUUCAUUGACCAAGUGGGAUGCUGUAAUUAUGAGCAACGAGAGGAUCAUUGUGCAGGUUCAGUUAUAUCACAGAACUUUGGAUUCUUUCAUGAAUGUAAAAAUGUUUCAUUGAUAUGUUGUUUGUGUCUAUUAUCUUUGACUGUACCUUUUUGAUAAUGAAUAAAAAGUGUAUUUUCAAUUUAAA